GACAGUGUAAAACAAGCGAUAUUUUUUGUGGCUUGGAAAAACAUUUCUUGUGUUUGUUUUUCGUGAUUUUCUCGAUAUUUUUCAACAAAAAAUGUUUCAAACUGUUGGUAAAUUGGAGACGCGAUAUGAUAUUGUGACGGUAUCAAUUAAAAGACCGAGUUUGAAGAAGAAACCACCGAGAAACUUGGAAAGGUUCACCAUCACUGAAAAAGAGGAAGUUGUUCAAGGGAGUCCUAGGAAGACGCCCGUAAAGCCUUCAUGGAAGAGUUCACAGCCCAAGGAGACCCCUCGCGUCACUCGAAGGACUCCAGUGGUGUCUCCUCGAAAACCACCAACCCCAAAAGUGUCCCCACCAAAGAAACCCACGGAAGUGGCGAGGAAAUACUUUUGCCUGUUGUGCAAUAUUGCUCACAACACCAAAAGUCUCCUCCUGCUCCACUUGAAAUCCGCCCACAAUGUCAAUCUCUACAAAUGUGACUUUUGUGACGAGGAAUUUGCGGAUUCGCACUUCCGGGAGCGUCACAUAACCGAUGUUCAUGUGCGUUUCCCAACGGAAGCCCUUCAGGAAAUCCCAGACAUGGAUGAUCUGGAGCAGGAUCAGGAGGAAACAGUGGAACAGGUAGAGAGUGAUCACAUGGACACGAAUGCCGAUGGCUGGCAGACAGAUAAUGACGAUGAGUGGGUACCAAAAGUUGAGGAGAAGACCAAGAAGCGAAAAAUCUUAGCGGGACGCAUUAGCAAGAGUCCCAGAAGGGUUCUGAAGCAUAAAGUGGCCAUCAAGGGGACGUCAACGAUGUUUGGCAAGAAAAGAGGACGUCCAACCUUGGAAAUGAUGUUAGAAUGGAAAAAGAAGCGGGCGGAACCAGAACCAGUUCCUGAAGAAGAAGAUGAAGAAGAAGGAGAAGAGGAGGAAGAAGAGCAUUUGGACCAGUUUGAUGACGAUGAAGGGGAAGUGGAGAACGCUUGGUGGGCCAAACCAAAGGAACUUCCUGAUCCAACAAAAGCCUUGAAGGAUAAGAACAAAAUGUGUCAUAUUUGUGGUGAGAUGCGGGUGACUUUGGCCGCCCAUUUGAAGAAGAUGCACACAAACUACAGCAACUGUCCGCAAUGCAGCGGGAAGAUCGUCGAAGGUGCCGCGGUACCGCAUCAAUGCCCCACUAGGCGACCAACCUACAAAUGCACCUGCGGCAUGGACUACAACGUCCGGGAGCAUAUGCACGGGCAUCUUCUGGAGAAGAACUCUCCGAAGCACGAGAUCCAGUGUCCCAGUUGUGAAGAAACUUUUCGGGACUUUGGGCAGUAUCACGAUCAUAUGGAUGUUGUUCAUCCGGCGCCAUUCGUCUGCAAUGUUUGUGGGAAGCGUUUCACGAAGAAGAAUAAUCUCAAGUCUCACAUGUACAGCAUCCAUGUCAUCGAGAAGCCACUGAUGAGGUGCGAAAUAUGCGGGGCAGAGUGCAGAGGAGACAGGAACAUGAAGAGGCAUAUUAUGCAUGUGCAUCGGAAAGCCACGAGGAUCAACUGCGAAAUUUGUAAAAUCAGCAUCUUCGAUAAGGUUUCCCUAAGGCGUCACAUGAUGUACAAGCACGGUCUCAAGAAGGAGUACGUCUGCAAUGUGUGCAAGAGAGAAUUCGCAACGGCUGAUGCUCUCAGGUAUCACAUAACCACUCACACUGGAGACCGGCCCUACCCUUGUCCCUUCUGCCCGAAAAAGUUCAAGAUCAAUUCGGAACUGAGGAAGCACUACAGGGCUCACAAGGAGUUGACCAUUAAGUGUCCCUCUUGCAGUCUCUACUGCCUGAAUGAGGAGGAUUUGAGGAAGCACAUCAGGCGCUUCCCAGCUCAUGACGUCAAGUUUUUGAUUGAAUAAAUUACUUGAAAAUUCUUUAAAUGGAAAUAAAACAUGUUUUGGAAAUACUAUAAGAUAUUAAAUAAAUAUAUUCUUCUGCAAA